CAAUGGGAGAGGAGCCAUCUUGUUCGAGUCGCCGACGUGGCGGCCGGCUUGUCAGAAGAUUUCUCGUUCAUAAUGAAGGCUUCAGUUUGGCCAUUUAUUGCUGUGAUUGCAUCGCUACAUGUAAUAGCAGCAACGAAAGUGGAAACUUCGACGAGUUCCUACUUAUCAAAGGCUGAGCUUACUCGCCUCAAGAAGGUCUUAGAACCAGGACUUCAACUUAAAGAUAUUUCCGAAGUAUACCAUGCGGUGCUUGGUUAUUCGCUCGCAAAAGAAACUAUUCCGAAUGUGGAAGGUAUCUGCAAAUUUGCUCUAAGUUCAGUUGGAGAUGGAACCAAUGUAGCAGUCGAAACUAUUUUCUAUGCCACGUCUGUCUGGCAAACCACUGGAAAAUGUCAGCCGCUUCCUGUACCUGCCAUCACCAAGGUUCUGACUAAAAUAGUUGAGAAGGAUACUUCUACGAUUCCUGAGUUGUAUUAUGCUGUUGGUGCUUUGAAACAUUUGUCUCAUAAAUUACCUGAAGCUACAAUCACCAAGCUUGUAAAAACGUUACAGAGCGCUUUGAAGAAAGACGAUAGCGUUUCCAACUUAGGAUAUACAUUCCAUAUAGCUGCCGAUUUGGGUUCUCCUGGUGCAUUUGCUUUUGAACGCAUUGAGGAUGCCAUUGUCCAAGCGGAUGAGGUCAAUGGGCAAUACUUGCAGUUUGAAGGUGGUCUUUCCGUUACAAGUCUCGUGGUCAAUGGAGUAUUUAAAUUGUCUUCUUCUUUGAACAAAAAACCUCCACUCACAUCCCAGCAAAUUGUUAAGCUAGCAAACUAUCUCCUAUCUCGAGUUUCUGUACAAACACCCAAAGGCGUAAUUAGCCUUCUCUCUGCAUUGACCACUUUGGCUACGAAUGAAUUCGAGAAACCAACAUGCAUUACCUUGGCGGAAGGAGGCAUGAGUAUUUCUGUGCAACAACCACUGGUCAAAGUUAAGGUCUGUGAUAUUCUUGGCAAUCCUCUUGAAAAGGUGCCAACAGUUACUGCCAAGUCCGUUACAAAGUUGAAAGGGGAAGCUGUUGCUGUAAACAAGAAAAAGUUUGAACCUUCACAGGAAGACAAAACCUUGUUCACGUUGGAUUUGAUGGAUGCCAAGCUGAGUCGAGGUUUCUACCAGAUAUCGAUAUCAGCAGGUUUGGUGUCCAAUACCGUUACGGUCAAGGUGCUUUCAGAAGCUGUGAUAGAUUAUCUGGAAAUUGGAAUCGGUGAUGCUGAUCAAACCACUCAACCAAAACUGAUAAAAGUUAAAUACCCAAACAAGUUGGAGGAAAAAAUUGAAGCCGACUCUCAGCAGAAGCUCGUUAUGAGAUUUGCACUAAAGGAUAGCACAAAGAAAACAAUCAGAACCCAUCAGGCUUUUGUGAAGCUUUCUCCAGCGGCUGAUUCAACUAUAACAAAUAAAGAUCAUGAGAUCAUUUUCGUUGCCGAAACGUCGCUGGAAGUUUACAAAUUUGACAUGCCAGUGGGACCAACUGCUGGAAAUUUUGGUCAUGAAAGUGGGGACUACAAUGUGGAAUUAAUAGUUGGUGACGCAUUGCUGAGCAAUUCUUUCCAGUGGAGAGUGGCAGUUGUGACGUUGAAAUUCCCCGAAGCACCUACAUUUGAUGUCUCGGUCCCAUCCGAUAAAUUUGCACCAUUCCAACAUAAGAAUAAUAUGUAUACACCAAAGCCAGAAAUUAAGCAUAUGUUCCGGGAACCUGAAAAGAGACCCCCUGCAUUUGUGUCCAAUUUGUUCACUGGAUUAUGUCUUGCACCCGUUCUUCUGUUAUUUAUCCUCUGGGCUAAACUUGGAGUCAACAUUUCCAACUUCCCGCUGUCUCUCAGUGCUGUCGUAUUCCACCUAGGAUUGGGCAGUAUUUUCGUUCUCUUCGGAGUCUUCUGGUUGAAACUGAAUAUGUUCGUAACUCUCAGGUAUCUCAUGGGUCUUGGAGUCGUUACGUUCCUCGCAGGCAAUAAAUUGUUGUCGCACAUAGCACGUACUCGUAAAGGACGUUAAUUUUCAUUUAGGAUAAUCAUCGAGAGUGUAUCAUUCUUCUUUUUUUUUUAAUACACGAGCUAAAACCAGAAUAGGUGCAGUGAUACACGUUUGCAAAUAAGUCGUAACUCGUCUAUUUUGUAUAUAAAAGAAGAGGAAGGAAAAAGUGAGAAUAUUAAACGUCCCGAUAACGGUGGGGUAUGAUGAUGAAUCUACUUUGUCAGAAGGUGGCAGAACGUGUACUAGGAUUCGGUAUAGAAUCGAAGUCAUUUCUUUCCAUUAUCAGUCACGGCAUUUCGAGAUUAACUUUUAAGCUUCGAACACGUUAAACGUUCUUGUAAGUAUUCUUAUUUAUGUGAUGACGUGUUCUCGGUAAAAUAAAACUUGCUAAUUUGUAUGUUUAUAA